CCACUCCUUCUCCUUCUUCUUCAAAUUUCAGUUGUGCACCUUUAAAUUAUUUAGUUUUUGCGAUCACGUUAAUUCGUAAGUUUGUUUUGUAUUACUUUUCAUUGUCAUUUGUGAUUUUUAUGUUAGUAACUUAAUUACAGUUUUAUUGCAGAUGGCAUUCCAAAGGUUCACGCUUGGGUUGCAGUGGAAUGGUUACACGGAAGAGACCAAAAAAGGUGUAAGUUACGUGGGUGGCAAUUUUUAUAAAAUGAAGGUCCAUACGAGACCGAUGCUUGAAGAGCUCCAUAAAAUGUGUACUGAGGUUACCUGCAUGGAUGGCACUAGAAGAGUUGAUCGUAUGGUGUAUCGAUAUCCAAACAGACAUGGCGGGUCGGUGUGGAAUGAGGAAUUUCUCAUUACCACUCAGGAGGACAUUGAUGCCAUGGUCCAAUUUUUGACCACCAAUAAGAUUAAACAAGCGGAGAUGUUCGUUUACACCGAGGCGGUCGAAGGCGGUGUAGGUCUUUAUGGAGAUGGCCAAACAUCUGGUAUCCACGGUGGCAGUGUAUUAUACGAAGAUCGUCACCAUCAGGAGUACCAAGACUCGAGCUGGAGGCAGGAGUAUCAUGAUGGAACUGGAGGUCAUCAUCAAUCCUUCCCAUCAUAUGAAGAAGAAGCUCAACAGGCAGAUGUGAACCAACAAGCAGGCUACCAGUACCAAGCCGAGUACAACUUCUACCAAAGCUGCGUUAGUUACCACAACUACCAUUAUGGAGCUGGUGAAGGUGAAGGUUCCUUUCAUGAUGAUCAUCAGAUAGAAGAAGAGGUCAAUCCAAGUCCAGUUAGUGACCUUGAGGUUGAAGAAGAGGAAGGCGAUAUCAAUGCAGACAACUUCGAUCCUCUUGAAGGUGCUGAUGAUUCCGGUCCAGAUUCAGAUGCAGACGGUGAUGAGGUACCUCGCGACCGUAUACCUAUCCUUUACUUCAAUCACAUUCCAAAUGAAGAUUGGUAUGUUGAUGCCGACAUGGACCCGCCAGAGGUGCCAGUAUGGGGUCCACUCACUAGCUUUACGAAGGGCCAACAAUUUGCAACAAAAUGAGGGAUGCAAAGCUAGGGACUGGGCCAUGAAGAGCAAGAGAGUCGGCCAUUGGGUCAUAUCCCGUGUGGUGAACACACACACAUGUGUGACAUCAAUAACAUCCCAAGGCCAUCGACAAUUGAAAUCAAGGGUGGUUGCCGCGACUAUCAAACAUCUAACUGAGGAGCAGCCUGAACUCAAGGUUAAAACCAUCAUCGCCGACAUUUCUAGUCGUUAUGGUUAUAUCAUUAACUAUAAGAAGACGUGGCAUGGUAAAUAGAAAGCAAUGGCCGCCGUGUUUGGUGACUGGGAAGAAUCAUAUGCAUUCCUUCCCAGAUUAAUUUUGGCUAUGGAGGUGUCUAACCCUGGCACCAUUUUCUCUCCCCGCUACCAAGAUGAAGAAUUCAGCCGCCGGUUCCUGGUAACAAGCGCUAUUUCAAGCAUCUUUUCUAGUCAUUCAAACCAUGUAUUGAUGGUUUUCCAUUAUGUGUUCCUGUUUCAAGUUGAUGGAACAUUCCUUACCGACAAGUACAAGGGUACUCUACUGAUGGCCAGCGGAGCAUAUGCAAAUAGAGCAGUAUAUCCAUUCGCUUUUGCCAUUGUGGAGGGAGAGAAUAUCGAUAGCUACGGAUGGUUCUUCAGAAAAAUUCAACUCCAUGUCACCAGGCGGACGAACCUAACCAUCAUCUCUGAUCGCCACGCUAGUAUAAGGGCUACCAUCUUAGACUUGGAUCCAGCCUGGAAGUGGUCACAGAGAUGGUGCAUACGACAUUUCUAGAGCAACUGGAACCAUCAUUUCAAGCAAAAGAAGCUUGCUGAUAGUCUAUGGUGGAUCGGUAAGAGUUCUAUUUCGUUGGUCUACACUCUGAAAAGGCCACAAAAAUAAUGGAAAAAGAUAAUCGGAAGAGCUCUCAGCACAUUGUCACUGUUAUGAACCGAAAUGCUGACGAGUAUUCGGUCGAGACCGGGCACUGAGAGGAUGGGAGACGUGGGGGUCAUCGCCUUGAAGUCACCAUCAACUUUAGGACCAAAAAGCGGGAGUGCUCUUGUCAGAAGUAUCAGGGUAGAGGUAUACCUUGUUCCCAUGCAAUGGCUGUAAUAAAGCACAGGAGCAAAGACCCUCGUCAUUUCGUCAGUCCGUUCUUAACAUCGACUCACAAAAGAGCAGUUAUGGUAAGAGUUUCCGUGCAUUGCCGGAUGAAGCUUAUUGGCCAGUUUAUGAGGGUAAGGUCAUCAUCCCACCAAUCAGACUUUGGCGGGAAACAGGUUGCCCGCGGGUAAAAAGGAUUCCAAAUGAGAUGGAUCAAAGUGGAAGACCACUACGAGGGCCAAGGCUGUGUUCCAUAUGCAAAGUACCAGGGCAUGAUAAACGAAAUUGUCCUGG